AUGAAAACAUUGCGAUUAAUAACCAUUACAUUGACUGAAGGGCCGACACUAUCAUCGGUGAGCCGCGAGAGCAACGGCACGACGAGUGGUGGACAGUCAUCGGGAAGUCACGCCUCUGUGAACCGGUCGGCAACCAUAACACGGCUGCCGUCUAUACCGGAGCGUACGGUACGGUACCAGAGGAUAGCGUUGGACGAGUCGCUGCCCACCAAUUGGGAGGCCCGGAUCGACGCUCACGGGCGCAUUUUUUACAUCGAUCACUCCAACCGUACCACCACUUGGUCCCGACCGCAGCCCUCGCAACACCAGACGCCGCAACAGUCGACGAGUACGGCCCAGAAUAAUGAGUCCAUUCAGCGCCAGCAGUUGGACAGGCGGUAUCAAUCGAUACGCCGGACAAUGACUGGCCGCGGGUCACGUGAUUUUCAUUCCAAGGCGGCCAAGAGUGGUACGACCACCACCUCCGCCGCCACUACGACCCCUACCGGACCCGCGACGGCCACCGCCGACACCAGUCGGUUAUCAUCAACGGAUAUAAUCGACGGCCAAACGCAUAGCCAAUCGCGAGGGCCAAUGACCACCACCGCCAUCAUCACCACCACUACCACAGCGACAACAACACCGGCCGCCAUCACCACUACCACAGUGUCGGUGUCUACGGUCACAGUAAGCAGCGUUAGCGUUGGCCACACACCGGCGCCCGUAGUGUCGCCACCACCGGCACCACCGCCGCCGGCAGUGAGUGGUAGCGUUGCCACCAAUCCGUCGCGUGUGAUACUAGACCUGCCGGCGGUGCGCUUCCUGACCCGUACGGACUUUUUCAAUCUGAUGCACAUGAAUGACGAAGCGCUGGCCCAAUACAACGGCUCGUCGUCGUUGAAACACAUGGUGACUAAAGUGAGACGCGAGGGACAGCACCAGUUGACCGGCGCUUUUGAGCGCUAUCAACACAAUCGCGAUUUGGUCGCAUUGAUCAAUAAGUUCGCUGAGACACAGCGGGAACUGCCGUCCGGCUGGGAGUCGAAGAUCGACAAGACUGGCAAACAGUUCUUCAUCGAUCACACGUCGCGGUCGACCACAUUCAUCGACCCGCGGCUACCGCUGGACGUGCCGGUAGUCAAUCCGCACAAACUAGUGAUAGCGCCCAGUCGUCGACGGGUGCGCAACACCAUAACCAUCGGCGGCUCCACCGGCGACACCACCGCCACUGCCGGCGAAACCGGCGAAGAGAUCGGCGGCAACGGUAGCGCGUCGUCGCCAAUACCGCCGCCGCGACCGCCGGCCACGUCGUCGACGGCCACAACGCCCACCUGCGCGGCGCCAGCCGUCCCGACCGCCUAUAACGACAAAGUGGUGGCUUUCCUUCGGCAGCCAAACAUUGUGGACAUACUCUGCGAGCGGCGGCCGGCCGUCAAGUCCAACAGUUCCCUUCGCGACAAAGUCCAUACCAUCCGAUCGGACGGCACUCAGGCGUUGGACCGGUUUAGCGACGAUCUGGAGCUCACGAUACUGUUGUCGCUCUUCGAGCAGGAGAUCAUGUCUUACGUGCCGUCGACGGAUCAGCUCAAGCACUUGACCGGCGCCGCCGCCGCAGUGGCCGGCGGUUCGCAAUCGCCGCAGGCGUCCCCUCAGGUCCAGCGCUCGCAGAUCCGAGUGGCACCGACACCACCGGCGCCCUACCGACGGGACUUUGACGCCAAACUGCGUAACUUUUACCGCAAACUGGAGCAGAAGGGUAUGGGUCAGGGGCCCAAUAAGAUGAAGCUCAACGUACGCCGCGAUCACCUCUUGGAGGACGCGUUCAGCAAAAUAAUGGCCGCCAAUAACAAGAAAGAUCUCCAGAAGUCGCGGCUCUAUAUAUCGUUUGCGGGCGAAGAGGGUCUGGACUACGGCGGGCCCUCCCGGGAGUUCUUCUUCCUGUUGUCGCGGGAACUCUUUAACCCCUAUUACGGUCUGUUUGAGUACUCGGCCAACGAUACGUAUACCGUGCAGGUCUCGCCGAUGUCGGCCUUCGUGGACGACUGUCACGAGUGGUUCCGCUUCUCGGGCCGAGUGCUGGGUCUGGCGCUCGUCCAUCAGUACCUGUUGGACGCGUUCUUCACGCGACCCUUCUAUAAGGCGCUGUUACGCCUCCCGUGCUCUCUGUCCGACUUGGAGUACUUGGACCAGGAGUUCCACCAAAGCCUGCUCUGGCUUAAGGACAACGACAUCACCGACAUGUGGGAGAGUCUGGAUCUCACCUUUUCGGUCAUCGAAGAGGUCGCCGGACAAGUGGUCGAGAAGGAGCUGAAGACAGGGGGCCGUAACAUAGCAGUGACCGAACGAAACAAGAAGGAGUACAUCGAGAAGAUGGUGAAGUGGCGACUGGAGAGGGGUGUCGUCGAGCAGACCGAGUCGAUGGUGAAGGGCUUCUAUGAGGUGAUCGACCAGCGAUUCGUGUCGGUGUUUGACGCCCGGGAGCUGGAGCUGGUGAUCGCCGGCACCGCCGAGAUUGACGUUUGCGAUUGGCGUAAGAAUACGGAGUACCGCAGCGGUUACCAUGACUCGCACCCUGUGAUACAGUGGUUCUGGUCGGCCAUCGAUCGCAAGUUUGAUAACGAACAGCGGCUGCGGCUGUUGCAGUUCGUCACCGGCACCUCAUCCAUACCCUACGAGGGCUUCGCCGCGCUUCGCGGCUCAAACGGCCCGCGAAAGUUUUGCAUCGAAAAGUGGGGCAAACCUAUCAGUCUUCCU